AUGGCGAACGCAAUCAGAUUCUUCGAGCUCAACACCGGUGCUAAGAUCCCGUCGGUGGGUCUCGGAACAUGGCAAGCCUCUCCAGGUCUCGUCGGCGAUGCCGUCGCCGCCGCUGUUAAGAUCGGAUAUCGUCAUAUUGACUGCGCUCAGAUCUACGGCAACGAAAAAGAGAUUGGUGCAGUUUUGAAGAAAUUGUUUGAAGACAGAGUUGUGAAACGAGAGGAGUUGUUCAUCACUUCCAAACUCUGGUGUACUGAUCAUGAUCCUCAAGAUGUGCCACUGGCACUGAACAGAACUCUACAAGAUCUGCAGCUUGACUACGUCGAUAUGUAUCUGAUGCACUGGCCUGUACGGAUGAAGAAAGGUUCAGUUGGAGCUAAACCGGAGAACCUUUUGCCUGUAGACAUUCCAAGCACAUGGAAAGCGAUGGAAGCACUCUAUGAUUCAGGCAAGGCACGAGCGAUAGGUGUGAGCAACUUCUCGACCAAGAAACUAAGUGAUCUCUUGGAGUUAGCUCGUGUUCCUCCUGCUGUUAAUCAGGUCGAGUGUCAUCCCUCUUGGCGACAGACUAAGCUACGAGAGUUCUGCAAAUCCAAAGGAGUUCACCUCACUGCAUACUCGCCGUUGGGUUCUCCGGGAACAACGUGGCUCAAGAGCGAUGUUCUCAAGAACCCUAUACUGAACACUGUUGCUGAGAAACUCGGAAAGUCUCCUGCGCAAGUGGCUCUUCGCUGGGGGCUCCAAAUGGGUAACAGUGUGCUUCCCAAGAGUACUAAUGAAGGAAGAAUCAGAGAGAAUUUUGAAGUUUUCGACUGGUCAAUACCUGAUGACCUGUUCGCCAAGUUUUCUGAUAUUGAACAGGCUAGGUUAUUGACUGCUGCUUUCUUUGUUCAUGAGACACUGAGUCCGUACAAGUCUCUUGAAGAAUUGUGGGAUGGGGAGAUAUGA